AUGUAUGAAAAUGAUCUGAGACAUUACACCGCCUGGGACGGAGUUAAGGAAAACGGGAUGCCCAGCACCUGCGCCACCCUCUCGACCUCACUGGCCGGACCCACAGGAAAGGCAAGCCAAUACGUGUGGAGCCAGUAUACGUGCUAUAUAACGGUGUCGGCGGCGCCGUUUUACAUCACCGCCGCCGCCGCCACCGACGCCGCCAACAUGUCGCCGCUCGCCACCUUGCUGUUUACGCUCGCCGCACUGCUCGCCGCCGUCAAAGCCCAGAGCAACUGCAAUUCUGCGCAAAUUGGCAUAUCAACUCCGAUCACAAUACCCUCCAAUGGGGUCCCCUUUCCACCCGGAGGUGGAAUAGUUAAUAUUGAUGAUUGGUGCCAACAACGGCAAAAAGGAGUGGCAGUGGGCAACUGGGUGACGGCGUGCAAUGCAGACCAGAACGGUACAGGGCCUAACAUAACACCGAUGUACUCAGACAGGAUUUCGCCAGUGCUGGUGAGGUGCCCCGAUGGAUGCCCGCAAGGUGGCGCUGUAGCAGUUGUGCAAUACUGCGCAUAAGAGCCAUAUUUAAAAUUUACAAUUUGUAUUGAUAUUUUUAUGAUAAUUAUGACCACGAACCGCAAUUCUCGAAAUUCCUCGCUCGCAUGAACACGUGCGAACGAAAUGACCCAUGAUACGACUGUCAUAGCAUUAUGUGUGCACCAAUCAGCGGACGCGAUCAUGCCAUAGUGAUAUCAAAACCUGAACCGAUUUUAAAACCAGAAGGGCUCUAGGACAUUUAUUCAAAUGAUCCACUCAUUAGAAUGUGAAAUUAUUAA